AUGCCAGGCUCCUUUCACGAACGUGCGAGAUUAGAUCAGCCAACAGCAAGGGCAUCAUUCUAUAUUCCACCGAGCCCUUCGGCAUCGUCCACCUUGUCGCAAUCAGUGCGCUCUCGGUCCAGAACCUCGUCACCGGCGAAAGAGACGCGAAAAAGGCCCCGAGGCGGUGUACGCAACAACUCGAGCAGUUCAACAACUCCGCGAACCUCCCGAGCGGCUCUCUCCUCCACUUCAACCUUUUCCCUCGAUGCUCCGAGUCCUGCGCCGCUCGUUAGCACGCAAUACGUAUAUGCAGGAGGCACACCCACGGCCGACCGAUUUACGAGAGAAGAGGAGGGCUCCUUCGAUUAUGAGAAGGAUCUGAGACCCAGCCGUUUUGCGCAUCCGCCUAUGCAACACUCUGAUAGCUACUUUCCGUGUACCCCGGGAUCGGAGGUUGGUGGGAAGCGACGUCGACUUUCACCCUCAAACAAUAAUGGCUGGGGACGGGCCGUGUGGCAGCUCACGGGGGGCAUAGCUGGCAAGGCCAUCAACUUUUGCUGGACCAUGGCGUUCAAUGGGUUCCAUGCAGGACCGGGAGCUGGCUACAGUAUGGAUGUGGGCACGCCACUGGUGGUGCCUGGCGACCCAGCUAAGCUCUCUAGCCGGAAAGACGUCUUUGACGACAAGUAUGAGGGAUCAUGCUCGACGCCUGUUCCUGGGAGCUUCCCGAACGAUGAAGAAGGCUAUCAACCCAGACCGGAAGUCGACGAACAACUACCAACUCCUACAACAUGCAAUGACUGGGGCGGGACAUCGGCUCUCAAGUCAAAUUGGGUUAUGGUUGACGCACCCGCUAUGCGCGAUGCAGAAAGCAGCCCGGCUCGUAAGCGUCCCCGACCAAGUACGGCAAACCUGCAUGCAAAGCCAUCUCCCCGGGCCACGGGUGCCAGACCACGAAUGCACCAACGAAAUAGCGCCUCAUUUGCAUCGCCACGAGCAUCACUCAACGGCAGAGCCUCAAUAGCACAGGAGCGACCACAGUCGUCCGGAUCCGACCAGCCGCAGCAUAAAAGGUCAAGGUCAUCUAUAGCGUCCCCACGCCGUGAGAGCAGUAUGAGUACGCCUCGCUCACCGGACGUGGUCAAGUUUGAGAAGAAGUUGCAUAAGCGCAGCCAGAAGCAGGACGAUUCGAUACGGCGGAUGAAUGAACAAAUGCAAGAGAUGAUGAAGGAAGCACAGCAAGCCCUGGCGUCCAAGAUUGAGAUUGUCGACGAUAACGAUGACGAGGGCUACGGCGAGGGCGUGCAGGCCUCGUCGUAUGGUAGCAAUUGGUCGUAG